UCAUUGAAAUGGAUUAGGAUACAUAAAUCUGAUGGCAUUUACAACGAGACACCACACCUAAUUAAAUUUCGUCCCACAAGACACAGAUUAGGAUGGAACCAAUUCAUUUUAGUGGCGUUUAAACCACAUAUAAUGUGAAGACUUGUGUAUCCUAACUUUGGUGGUAGGAUUAUGUCAGCUGGAUACAACAACGGAUAGAUGUCAGCUAUUUUAUCAUUAAGUGAAUAUUUCUCUACGAUUUUUCAGUGGGCUCAUGCUGUCCGAACUGACGAGCAUCUUCAUUCUGUUAAAAAAAUUGGAGCAGUUGAUGUGAUCCUAAUGUCCGCAGAUCACGUGACUAGGUUUUCAAGACCAUGGCAACCACCACAACUUGGCGUUUAUGUGCAUACCACUGAGGAUACGUUACCGAAAACGACAUACAAUGAUUAUACGGACUUUACCGAACAGAAUACGGAAAUUGCCGACCAUCAUUUUUACUCGUUUUAUGUGAAGGUGAUCUUUAUCUUUAUUAUAAUGGUGUGUACUACUCUCGGGAACGUGCUUAAUAUUGUGGUGACCUUAAGAACAAAAUCAUUGAGGACUCCCUCGGGAAACUUCUUCAUUUCCUUAGCAACAGCUGAUUUAAUGGUGGGAAUCCUGGUUAUAUUUUCCUUUGUGUCUUCUCUACAGGAUCAUUGGGCCUUUUCUGAUUCGGUUUGCACCGGAGUGGGUUUUAUGUUUUUCUACGCGACCUCCCUGUCCAUGUGGAAUCUGCUCGUCCUCAACGUUGACCGCUGGGUGUCAGUCACACAACCAAUGAAAUACGUGACCUGGAUGACAAACCGGAUGUCCCACAGAAUAAUUGGUCUGGUUUGGCUCGGCGUCCUACUUAUUGACCUGCCCAUGUUGCUGCCGGAUGUGGGUGAUGUCUAUUAUAUAGAUGGUGCCUUUUUAUGCAGUCCUAAUUGGAAAGCGAACUUGUAUUAUACUUUCAUCCUGCUCUCGGUGCACCUGUUACCGUGCUUUAUACUCGUGUUUGCUUUUAAUAUAAGACUUUACUGCAUUUCAAUGAAACAUGUUAAGGACAUGAAACUUGUCCAGAUAAAUUUGCAUUCUGUUGUUAAACAUCCAUCUUUGAAACCUAAGUUGGUAAUAUCUGCUAUCGUAUUAGCGUUUGGAAUUUCCUGGAUGCCAUUUUUAGUUGUCGAGGUUAUUCGGCUUUUCUCGCCAAUAUCCAUUAGUGUAACAGUGUCAUUCAUAGUCUGUUGGAUCGCCGUUAGCAACAGUCUCAUGAAUUCUGUUAUAUAUACAUGUUUGAACAGGAAGUUCCGGUAUGGAAUCGUAGCAUUGUUCCGGUGUAGGGACAGUGGUACACCAAAGAUGACGGGAUACGCCGACAGUAAUGUCGUAUAGACAAAUUGGCAAAGGUUUUUAAAGUCACGUGACCAGAUAUUGCGGCAUUUAAAGAUGAUGAACGAACCUCGAAAAAAAUUUUCCUCGUGAACA